UAGAUACUGCGCAAUGAAUAAAUAACAGAAUGAACUCUGUGAGACUUGUAGCACUACGCAGCAUUCCUAAAUGAUUUUAUGCAAUCAGGUGUAGAAUGCGGACACAACGAUAUCCAAAUUGAACAUAAUGGUCCUUCGCUGGGGAAUCUGUGGAGCAGGGUUGAUUUGUAAUGAUUUUGUGUCGGCAUUGUUAGCUCCUCCCAAUAAUGUUCAUGAGGUAGUUUGCGUUGGAGCAAGAUCAUUAGCUAGAGCCCAAGAAUUUGCUGACAGGUUUGGUAUCAAGAAAGCCUAUGGCUCAUACGAUGAAGUUGCCACUGAUCCAAAUGUUGAUGUUGUGUACAUUGGUUUGAUACCCUGUUACCAUGUGAAGCUGUCCAAACAGAUCCUAAAAGCAGGAAAAAAUGUUCUAUGUGAAAAACCAGUAGCAGUUAGUUUGAAUCAGUUUUUGGAGGUCCAGCAAGUGGCCAAAGACUGCAAACGCUUCUUCAUGGAGGCAAUUUGGAGCAGGUGCUUUCCAAUUUAUCGUAAAAUCAAAGAGGAGAUUCAUUCUGGAAACCUUGGGGGAAUCUUGCAUGUACAAUGCCAGCUUUGUUACUCUGUGGUUGAAACGAUUCGCUUUAAAAAGCCUGAGCUAGGGGGAGGAGGUCUGCAUGAAGUUGGAAUUUACACAAUCCAGCUAGCUACAAUGGUAUUUAACAAUGAAAAGCCCUUGAAAAUCACAGCUGAUGCUUCGUUUUCUGAUCAAGGAGUGGAUCAAAAUGGCUGUAUGACCUUAACCUACAAGAAUGGCGGUAAAGCAGUGCUCGUCUACAGUACACUGUUUCAAGGAAAGAAUUCAGCAAUAAUAUAUGGUUCAAAGGGAAAAAUAGAGAUCGAUGAACCCUUCUGGGCCCCAGCCUCAGCAAAUCUGCCGUCAGGUAAAAUAACCAAUGAAAUACCCUGUGGUCCAGCUCCAUACAACUUUCCCAACAGUGGGGGUCUGCGGUAUGAGGCCGACUGUGUCAAGACAUGUCUUGAAGCAGGAAAUUUGGAGUGCAGUGAAUUGACCUUUGCUGACAGUCAGGCUAUUUACCAGAUCAUUGAUGAAGUGGUGAGACUAACGGGAAUUAAUGUUCAAUGGUGAAUAUAAGCUUUCUGAUUCUGAAUGAUUUUUCCAACUGUCUCCGGGGAGUUUUUUUUUUUAAACCAAAUGAAGAGUUCAUCAGUAUAAACUGUAUGAAUGUGGUGCUAGAUAAAUACCUGCAAAUGACACACACAUGAAAUUUAUCGAUUAUUGAUGCUUAUAAUAUAAGAUUUACAUGUAUUUGUGACUAUAAACAAUUAAUGAAUA